UGACGUGUCGAGCUGUCUUUAAAAGCUAUCCAACCCAUUUCAAACCAAAUCAUCACCAACACAACACAUUAUUCUCUCUCCGUGUGGCUGGGUUUUCGGUUUUUCACUAUCAUACGCCGAAGCGCACAUAUUAUCACUUUUUAUUCAUUUCUUUGAUUAGUUUCUGGCUCACGUUAGCAGAAGAUCGGAGCGCAAGUUAGCAGUGCUGCUGCGGCGGCGGAGGAGGCACAUUUCUCACUCGCUUCGCUGGUUCUUCAACUUUCCGUUUGCGCAUUUUACAGUUUUUAAUUAGUUUCCGGCGCACGUUAGCAGGAGAGGCUGCGCAAUUUAGCACGGCGCCGGCGGUGGGAAGUAGGAAGAAAAUGAAGAUAGAAGUGAGGGAAUCGACGAUGGUGAGGCCGGCGGAGGAGACUCCGGCGGUGAGGCUGUGGAACUCGAACGUGGACCUGGUGGUGCCGAGUUUCCACACACCGAGCGUCUACUUUUACAGACCGAAUGGUUCGAUCAACUUCUUCGAUGCACAGACGAUGAAGCUAGGGCUGAGCAGAGCGCUCGUGCCGUUCUACCCCAUGGCGGGGCGGCUCGGUAGAGACGAGGACGGUCGAAUCGAAAUCGAUUGCAACGCCGAGGGAGUUCUGUUCGUGGAGGCGGUUACGGAGGCGUGUGUUGAUGAUUUCGGAGACUUCGCACCGACUCUGGAGCUCCGGCAGCUCAUUCCGACCGUCGAUUAUUCCGGAGGGAUUUCGUCGUAUCCUCUGCUCGUCUUGCAGGUGACAUACUUCAAAUGCGGGGGUGUAUCACUUGGUGUAGGUAUGCAACACCACGUGGCAGACGGAGCUUCUGGUCUCCACUUUGUCAACACAUGGUCUGAUAUGACUCAUGGUCUUGAUCUCACGAUCCCACCAUUCAUUGACCGGACCCUCCUCCGUGCCCGGGACCCACCCCAGCCUGCUUUCCGCCAUAUUGAAUACCAGCCCCCUCCUUCCAUGAAAGCCCCUUCCCAAUCAACAAAACCCGAAUCAGUCCCCGAGGCAUCAGUUUCCAUUUUCAAAUUAACCAGAGACCAACUCAACGCUCUCAAAGCCAAGUCGAAGGAAGAUGGAAAUAUGGUAAAUUACAGCUCGUAUGAAAUGCUUUCAGGACACGUGUGGCGCUGUGUGUGCAAGGCACGGGGACUCCCAGAUGAUCAAGAAACCAAGUUGUACAUUGCGACAGAUGGACGGUCCAGACUUCAACCUGCACUCCCACAAGGCUACUUUGGCAAUGUGAUUUUCACUGCCACCCCUAUGGCUGUGGCCGGUGAUCUUCAAUCAAGGCCAACAUGGUACGCUGCCAGUAGAAUUCAUGAUGCAUUAGUGCAGAUGGACAACGAUUAUUUAAGGUCAGCUCUCGAUUACUUGGAACUACAACCUGAUUUAAAGGCCCUUGUUCGUGGAGCCCAUACUUUUAGGUGCCCAAAUCUUGGGAUAACAAGUUGGGUUAGGCUGCCCAUUCAUGAUGCUGAUUUUGGCUGGGGGCGGCCUAUUUUUAUGGGACCCGGUGGGAUCCCUUAUGAAGGUUUAGCAUUUGCAUUGCCAAGUCCAACCAAAGAUGGAAGCUUAUCAGUGGCGAUUUCGCUGCAAACAGAACACAUGAAACUCUUUGAGCAGUUCUUGUACGACAUAUAAAGGAUUGAACCACCUGAAAACCCGGUUGAUUUCGGAUAUGCCCAAAAAACAAAAAAACAAAAAGGGAAUUGGUGGUGGUUUUCUUGCGUAGUUUUUUCAUUACAUUGUUUACGAUGGGCUUUUUUAUUUUUUUAUGUUUUAUGUUUUAUUUUUAUUUCAGUUGAAAUGUGUAUGAAAUUACAACAGGGAUAAUGCAAUGUGCAUAUAAGGAACUUGAGUUCAUUGUAUUACUAAUUUGAAAUUGAACUUCUUACAAUUAUAAAUUUUGUUAGAUUUUA